ACUAGACUCGAAACAUCGACUUGGAAGGUUUCCAUGUAUCAUCUUUCUCUAUUGAAGCACAUAGCUUCAAGUCGGUACUUCUCCGGUUUCCGGUCAGUUAUGCAAGCAAACAACUCCGAGGGACACCCAAUUCACGCAUAUUUUUUCUAUUUAGAUUUAGUUGGAGGUAUCAGUGCACUACCGAACACACCUCACUGUAACUCAAGUAUCAAUAUCAGGUCACUCAUCGUUGGAUACAUGCAUCAUAUUCUUUGGCAUCUGUCAGUAAAGCACCGCAACUCCACAGAUUUCGCAGACAGCAUGUCUUCUUUUCACCACUGUGCAGCUCUACACAGAUCUUGAUAAAAUGUAUUCAGUAAUUGGCAGGAAUACUCUCAUAGAUCUUUUAUCGCGUGAAAGCUGAGAGUGGAAAUCAUUUCGGACCGGGAAAUGAUAACUGACAAGGAGAAUAUGGCUGGAGUGGAGCGUCGCGAGGGAGUCACCCUCGCCUGGAGACAUCUGUCAGUCUACGCACGUGUCAAAAAUAAAAAAUUGCUGGCCAAGUCAACCACAACUUAUAAAAAAAUCAUUGACGAUGUUACCGGUAUAAUAGAACCAGGGAAUCUUGUUGCAAUAAUAGGAGCAAGUGGUGCCGGGAAAAGUACACUUAUGGGCUGUCUCGCUCAAAGAAUGUCUGGCGACAUGGUGAUGGAGGGCAGCGUGCUGAUCAAUGGCCGACAGGCGUCUGGCAUGAACACGAGGGGCAUCUCGGGGUUCAUGCAUCAGGAGGACAUGUUCAGAGGUGCUCUGACGGUGAGCGAGCACCUGCACUUUCUCGCCAGACUGAGGCUGGAUCGCAGGACUAGCAGCGCGCAGAGAGCUCGACUGGUCGACGAUCUGUUGCGUCAGCUAGGGCUCGAGCACUGUCGUCACACUAGGAUCGGCGCUCCCGGGCCUGGUCAGAGAGUGGUUUUGUCCGGAGGUGAGCGGAAGCGGCUGUCGUUUGCGGGCGAAUGUCUGUCCUAUCCUCCUCUCCUGUUCUGCGACGAGCCGACUACCGGCCUGGACUCCAGUUCGGCGCUGGCCCUGGUGAGGGCGCUGCGUGCCAUGGCCAUAGAGCGGAGGCGCACUGUGCUCAUCUCCAUACAUCAGCCAGGAUCGCAUCUAGUCGAGCUAUUCCACUCGGUCCUGCUCUUGAGUCAAGGCAGGAUUGCGUUCAUGGGUUCCACUGACGAAGCACUCGCUUUCUAUAAGUUGAAUGGCUUUGAAUGUCCCUCAUCCUAUAAUCCCGCUGAUUUCUUCAUAAAACAAUUGGCUGGGUCGAAAACAUCAUUAAAAGAAGAAACAGAUGCAGAGAAACUGUGUAGCAGCUACUCGCAAAGUGACAGUUUCAAGCGAGUGCAAGAUAAAAUAGAAUCUGAAAUUAAAAAAUCAUCUCUGUCGACAAGUCAGGAGUUCAAAAUAGAAUUGAAGCUAGAGAGAAGGAAAGGUCCACGAUGGCUUACAAAACUUUUCUGGCUGUGGUAUAGAGAAAUGUUAGAAGUAGCACGGAAUCCUCAUGUUCAGACUAUUCGAUUAUUCCAUAAAAUUGUUCUAGCGAUUGUGGUAGGCCUGUGCUUCACUGGUACACUAACGUUGGACCAGAAAGGAGUGCAGGCUAUACAGGGUGUGCUGUUCAUGCUAGUCACUGAGAACACGUUCUCGCCCAUGUACGCAGCACUCGACUAUUUCCCUCACCAGCUGCCUCUGUUCGCCCGCGAACACGCCAAUGGCGUCUGCACUAGACUGCAGUUCUACAUUUCAGCCAUUGCCUCAAUGACGCCCGUUCUCACUCUGGAGCCGGUGAUUUUCAUUGCAGUCCUGUACUUCAUUUCUGGACUCAGUAUGUCACUGAACGCUUACAUCUUGUCAAAUAUUGCAGUCAUUCUGUGCAUAAAUGUGUCAGCUGCUUGCGGUAUAUUCUUCUCGACAGUCUUCACCUCUAUUCCUGUAGCCAUGGCCUAUCUUGUUCCAUUCGACUAUUGUUUGAUGAUAACCUCAGGACUGUUCGUCAAACUAAGUACUCUGCCUUGGCAUGUGAGUUGGAUCCGGUACUUAUCUUGGAUGAUGUACACUAAUGAAGCACUUUCCAUUGUGAGCUGGCAGCAAGUGAGCAAUAUUACAUGUGAAACUCAUCGAGCCGAUCUACCUUGCCUCAACAGUGGUGAAGAAGUGCUUGAAAAGUACAGCUUCUCAGCAUCAAACCUCAACUGCGAUUUCAUUAAUUUGUUCAUACUGUACUUAACGUUUCACAUUCUAGCAUUUAUAUUUUUCUUUUUCCGUUCGAAUCGGGUCUCUUAACAUGGUAGUGUUAAUCUUCUCAAAGAGUGUGGAUCAUCUACCCUAAUAGGUAGCCUAUAGCCUAAAUUAUCAUGUUUUGGACUAGGCCUAAUUCAAUAAGUACCUACACAGAGAAGUCAUUUGUUGAACAUUUAUGUACAGGCAAACUACAACACUGAUUGCUCAAGUAGCCUACUGCGUAUGUAGGCGCAAUAGAAUGAUUUCAGUUAAAAGCAAGAUAAUAUUGUAAUGUAGAAGGUGAAAAAAUAAUAACAUGGAAUUAGUCAUAGGAACAAUUUAAGAAAGAACAUAUAAUUCUUUAAACGAAAAUCAAGCAAAGGAAGUCAGUAUAAAAUUUUUCAGAGGCUGCAGGAAGCAAAUAAACUGGAUAGACUUUACAAAUACUCUAUGUAAAGAAUGUAUUGGGUAAACUGUCUAUUAGGUAAACAGGAUCAUUAAUCAAAAAUAAAAAGAUACACUAGUGGAGUGCCAGUGACAUUAUAACAAGCAUGUCUCUGUAGAAUUGCUGAGUACUGUCGUAUGUAUAGGCUAACUUGACUUUAAAACCCAUUGUAAUAUAUAUUUUUGUUGAUAUAAUUAGUGUUAGUUUUAUUUAAUAAAUUGAAUAAAUUUAC